UGUCAAAAGAUGGCAAAUGGGUUCCGGAUAAGCGCCCCGGCGCCUGCCGUGGCGAAGCGAGCGAACAAAGUCGUGUCACUUGCUGGUGCAACAACCCCGCGCGCGAAGGCCAUCGCCCUCUUCGUGUUUGUCAGGGACUCGAUCAAGUUUGGGUUUACCAACCGCUUCGACGCGGCGUCUCCCGAGGAAACCCUAGAGGCCGGUAUGGGCCACUGCAACCCCCAGGGGGCAUUGUUCGCGUCACUGUUGCAGGCCCAGGGUAUCCCCGCUAGGCAACGAUUCGUCAACCUUAGCAACGGGGUGCUGCGCGGCGUCCUGUCGCCGCCCCCUGCUCGGCUUCUUCACAGCUAUGUUGAAGUCAAACUUGAUGGGCAAGUUGGAGAUGGCGACCCGCCAGGCAGCAGCGAACUCGGACAGGACAGUCUGGGCUGGAUUCGAGUGGAUGGUUACAUUGCAGACCCGGCGCUGUUCCACGCCGCCCGGGCCAGGCUAGUGAAGGAGAAUAUGACGGAGGGGUAUGGGGUACACGUUAACGGGGCAAACGAAUGGGAUGGAACCUUGGACAGUUUUUGCCAGAUGGCGGAGGAAACCACGCAGGUUACGGAGACCUUCGAUGCCUUUGAUGAGCCUGGACUAUUCUACAGUUCACCGGAGAAUUUCCAACGCUUGCCGUGGCCAGUCCGCCUCGUUUUGGGGUGGAUCGUGAAAGAACCAAACUCGUCGAUCGACGCCAUUCGGGCGGAGUUCGUACCCCCGUCUGUAGAGAAGCAAACGACUUUUGUUGUUUGGUCGAAACCCCCCCCUCCGGUGUAGCUAUCGAUGCAGCCAAGACCUGGGCGUCAUGUCUUCUCUUUCAUUGGACCGUUGCGACGGUUCCAAAUGGUAGAUCGCU